GUGUCAGACUGGUGAAUGGCAGCGACCCAUGUUCGGGGAGAGUGGAGGUGUGGUACAGCGGAGAGUGGGGGACAGUGUGCGGUCGUUCCUGGGACAUCUCGGACGCCAGGGUGGUGUGCCACCAACUGAGGUGUGGGUCAGCCAUGGCUGCGCUGCCCAGGGCUGGGUUCGGGCAGGGCACAGGAGCUGUCUGGAUGGACAAAGUGUCCUGCAGAGGCACAGAGUCGAGCCUCUGGUCAUGUCCGUUCAGUGGAUGGGGCCGAGGGAACUGCAGGCACCAGGAAGAUGCCAGUGUGGUGUGUAAUCCCAGUUCACUGCUCCGACCCUCCAUUGCUAUCAAUCCAGAUGGCCCCCUCCACGUGUCCGGGAUGCAUCUGGGAAUCCAGUGCAUGGCUCCGAGCGGUUACCAUGGGGGCUGCUUCCAGAUGCUGAGGGGGACGUCCGUGGUCAAGGAGCACCGGCUGGAGCCAGGGUUGAACAGCACCAUCUUCCUGUACCGUAACGUCAGCGCUGGUGUCAGCGGGACCUACAGCUGCCUGUACCAGAGGCUCGUGGCCGGGUUCUGGGUCACCUUCCGCGCCAGCCCCUCCGUCCCCAUCCGGAUCGUAGAACCUCCAACAGAGCCCAGCAUCUCUCUGAGCCCCGCGUUCCCUGUCUAUCUGGAGGGAGAGAUGGUCACUAUUGAGUGUGUUCUUCCCAGCGGCAUCUCCCUGGCUCGAUUCCGGCUGCGAAAGGGCUCACUCUCCAUCGUGGAGGACACAGUCGGCCGACCGUCUCUCCGACACACCAUUCGGAACCUCGACAACAGCAGCGAAGGGCUCUACACUUGUUCCUACAAGACCCUGGUGUUGGGUCGCUGGGUCACUUCAUCUCCUAGUCGGUCUGUCUCCAUCAUUGUGACAGGGUUAACUCUGUCCGUGACCGUCUCCCUGGAUCAUCAGACCGGCCUGUACCUGAGAGGCAGUGCAGCGACCGUGAGCUGCUCCAAUCCCAGUGAUUCCCAGCUCCAAUCGUUCAUAUUCUACAAAGACGGAGGGUUCUUACGUUCGCUGGAGGCACGUCCCGACCAACACAUGGCAUCCAUCUCCAUCGGAAAUCUCUCCCGAGCAAACGGAGGGAUUUACACCUGCCAGUGUGAGAUGACUGUGUCCGGGAGACAACUGUUAUCGAGUCUUAGCAAUGCUGUGUCAAUAACCGUACAAGAGGUGGUGAAGCCGGUGAUAACCGUGCCGUCAGCGGCAGUUGGGUUUGGAGGGAAUCUCUCGAUGAUCUGCGUCGGCGAGGGGGAUCAGCCCGGUGAAGGAUUCUUUCUACAGAGGGAUGACGCCGCUCCCUUGCCCCACUAUCAGACAGUAUGGGAGAGAGACGGUUCCGUUACCUUCACCAUCACCAAUGUAAGCCAGGACGAUGCGGGAGGCUACUCCUGCGGCUACAACGUGACGGUCAACGGGACGGUGUUGGCGUCCAUCGCCAGCAAAAGCGUGCAGGUGACUGUCUGCGAUUUCAGGGACCCGACUUUGAGCCAAGUGCUAACACGAUAUUCUUAUGUGAUCGGUGUAGCCUUGUUGGCAGUGGUUCUCAUACUUAUCAUCGCAGUCCGAAGCCGAAACAAGAAGACCCAAGGUCAUUUCAGAUUGGCGGGACAUGCCGACCAGUUGGAUAUUAUCAAUCCGGUCUACAACACAGACAUUGGGUCUUAAGCACUGAAGGAUCUCAGCUUGCAAUAGCUUACCCUGCUUCUCUUGUGUGUUGGUCAAUUCCCUGAGGAUGCAACUGUGAGAUUCUAUCCCACCUCUGCUGAGAGCUGCACAGGCUAGGAGUGCUGAGGUGGCUACGUGAAUGUGGGACACCUCUCUGAGCACUGCCUCCAGACAGGUGUGAAGGCAGUAGCCCUUUCUCUGGUUGUUCCAUUGCAGUGGCGGGGGGGAGAGCGGAAUUAAGCCCUCAACCAUUCAGCAAGGUUUGAAGGUUGAGGGAAAGCUCGGAGGUUAACUGUAGGUCGUCGGCAGCUGGUGUGUCCUCCACCAAAACAACCACCCCCACUGAUCAGAAUCCACUUGCCAAGCCACUGGCCCUCGCCUCCCAUUCAUUAUGAAUGCUGUUUUCCUCUUUAGUUUUGCCUUCCUUGUGAAUUUCUCUUUCGAGACAAUGAAAUUCCCGAAAUGUCGAUGGCAUUAAUCUGGAACCUAGCUUUCUGUCUCAUAGAGUCAUAGAGAUGUACAGUACGGAAACAGAUCCUUUGGUCUAACUUGUCCAUGCUGACCAGAUAUCCUAAAUUA